AUGGCGGCCAAGGCACCUACCAAGGGCAUCGGCCGUGCGCCCAACAGCAGCGCACGGAGCCCUUCGGAGGUGCAUGCACGGCGUGUGCAGUACCUUGUUCAGCUUGCCCAAGAGUACAUGCGCAUCCCGGGCCGCGCCACAUCGCUAGCACCGUCACUCGCGCCCGAUGUUGCGUCGGGCACAUUUUAUGCGCUGCAUGCGCUCGCGCUCGAUCCAGACUCGGUGCCUGCACGGCGUGUGCUUGCGCAGUGCUACCUCUUUGGUGGCGCAUCGCUCGUAUUCCCAUUCUCGCCUUCGUCGCUAGGGGACGAGAAGGCGUGUGCGCUCGGAGGCGCGCCCUCGCGCGCCUCGGCGCUCGCGACAGUCCACCUGCUGCAACGGGGCCCGCGCGCCACGUUUGAGGACUUUGGAUGUGCGAGCGUGUAUUCUGCUGCGUGCACGGCGCUUGGCAGGUUCCGCGAAGCGCAGGAUGCACUGGAAUGGACUCAUGCGCACGCACGGCCCGCACAGAAACGCAAGGCAGAGGAGGUGCUGGACGGUGGGCGCGAUCUUGCCACUGCACAGCUGUACACACAGUUGGGGCGCAUUGCGAUGAAACAGGCGCGGUACACAGAUGCGACCGCCUACUUUACCAGCGCGCGCCAAGCCGAUCCGCUCAACUGGGGUGCAUGGGCCGCUUUGUGCGAUAUGGCAAGCGCGCCACGAGCCGCUGAAGCGUUUGCUGAUAUGCAGGAGACAGAGAGUACCCCUGCAAGCGGCACACUGGCGCAACGCACGAAAAGCGACGAGCCGCUGCGCAUGCCAAGCACGGCGUCCUCAAAACCUGUGCGCCGCGCAACGCCGCGCAGCGCCGCAGUGCGCUCAGGAAUGCACCGUGCUGCGCCACAGCGCGACGAUGUGCCGCCCGUGCCGCCCGUGCCGCCCGUGCCACUCGCACAGCGCCAACGAGCGGAUGCGCCGCGGCCAGGCACGCUUGCCACCUCGCGCACCAACACAAAUCGCGCGCCGAUGCGCCCCACAACCGCGCCCAAGCUCGAUGCGCCACGAACAGCACGCGCGGUGCCCCAAACGCUCGCUGCGCGGCGCCAGGUCGCUGCGGCAGCCGAGCCACUGCCGCGCGCCGCGAGCCGAUCGCGCGCGCCCAAAGCCGUCGCGUCGCGUACCGACUCUGGCCUGCGCUCGCGCCCACCCAGCGCCGAAGACAAGCGACCCGCGAGUGCAGAGAAUGGCACAGGCAAGCCUGGACCUGACCGCGACGUGCGCGAAUGGACGCUAGCGCUGCUGCGUGAUAUCGGCGAGGCGUACCGCUUGGUGCGCCUGUACAAGGCACAAGAGGCGGUGCCUUUGCUGCAGCCCGACGCGCCGCACCGCCGCACCGCAGCGAUGCACUGCCUGCUUGGCCGCGCACUGCACGACAUGACCGACUAUGCUGAGGCUGAAAAGCAGUUUGUGACUGCGCGCGAGAUGGAGCCAUAUCUCCUCAUGCACAUGGACAUUUACUCGCUCGUCCUCUUUCAGCUGCACCGCGAAGUUGCCCUCUCUGCGCUCGCCCAGGACCUGAUGGAAAUUGAUCCGCGCGCAACGCAGACGCAUAUCGCCGCGGGCAAUACCUGGUCGCUCCAGCACCAGCACGAUGCUGCAUACCAGUGCUUUCACCAGGCGACGCUCGUGUCGCCCGAGUGUGCGUACGUAUAUACCCUUGCUGGCUACGAAGCGCUCGAGCUCGAUCAGCCAUCGCGUGCGAUCCGUCUGUUUCGCAGCGCGCGCCGCUGCGAUAAGCGGCAUUGGAACGCACUUGCAGGGCUUGGACAAGUAUACCUCCGCCAGGGCAAUCCCGGUCUUGCCAGUGAGGCGUAUGCAGAGGCAUUCCUGAUUAAUAGCAGCAAUCCCGUCCUCCUCGACCUGCUUGGCUGGGCGCUGGAGCAGACGGGUGACUUGGACGGCGCGCUGGCAGUGUACCAGCGCGCAAUCCGGAUGAACCCCAAGGCGGCAAUGACCCGUUUGAAAAAGGCGCAGCUUUUGCUCCGCACCGUGCAUACGAGUUUGCGCAAACGCAACCAGGUCUUUAGCGAGGAGAGCGACGUCCCUUUGCUGAAUGCGCGUGAAGCAGCACUGCGCCGCGCUGCCGCGCACACGGAGCUGCUCAAGGUGUGCGCGCUCGCGCCGAUGGAGCCGCAGGUGCACUUGCUUCUUGCGCGCUCGUACAUGCGCCUCGGCGGUGGGCGGUUCACUGCAGAAGACGCGUAUACGGAUGCAACACCGCCGACCUCGCCAAGCGAGUCGCCCAGAGAAACGCGUCUUCCGCGCCAGUUCCUCGGCGAGAUUACGCACCAUCUCGCGACUGCUGUGGAUUUGGAUCCACGCUGUAUUCGCGAGGUGAAUGCGAUGGGCGAGGGUGCAAAGCUGGCGCUGCAAGGCACGCAUGCAGGCGCGACGAUUGCAGAGGAUGAACAGGAUGAUUUCUCGCACAUACCGAUGUCACACGCGGGAAAUAAUGCGUUCCUCGAUGAGGAAACGCCGAUCUUGAGCGAUGGAGAUAGUAUCGAUGGCGAUGCGCUUUUACUGCACUCGGGAAAUGCAUUCAUGCUGCAGUCUACAGAGCUAGGGGCGUACGAGCCGGGAACGUCGAUGGAUAUGCAGGGAGAGGACUCGUUGGUGUAG